CACAUCAAAGAUCCCUGGGUCCUGCUGCAACAAGAAGUUGAGCGGAGAGGCGAGAUUGGCCAGGCGCAUGCUAUCUAUAAUGCCAUGAUUCUCUUGUGAAUGCCUCUCGGUUAAAUCUGAUCAAUCUGAUUUUCCGCCUCAAAUUCGGCACAAUGUCGUCACCACGGAUAGCCCGUAUCGCAAGCUAUCAAGCCCGCGGGCUUCGUCACGCGUCAUCAACAGGUCGUCCCGCGCAAAGCAGCGCAUCGCAUGUCUUACGACACAACCGAACGUUAACACCUUCAGAACUACAGCGUUUGCGCCAGAAACGGCUUCGCAUUUCAAACCAUGGGUCUAACAGCCGAAGCAGCAGCGGACAGCCACCUCAGCCGCCAUCAAAAACGCCCUCAAAGCGACCUCGAAGUAAAAAUGAACUCUUGGCCGUCGCUCUCGCUCGGGCAAACAACUCCGACCUUGUUGCCGAUGUACAGAUUGCCGACGAUCCCGAUGCCGUCCUCCCUCUCGACCAUCCCGCCAUGUCUAUCCUUGGCCACAGCAGCCUGGUGAUACAACGACAAUUGGAGAUGAUGAACGUAAUCUUGGGAUUUGAACAGGCAAAUCGAUACAUCAUCAUGGACGGUUGCGGAAAUACCCUGGGAUAUAUGGCAGAGCAGGAUCACGGGAUAGGACAAUCAAUGGCGCGUCAAUUAUUCCGCACACACCGAUCAUUCACAACACACAUCUUCGAUAAGCGACAGCGUGAGGUCUUGAGGAUACACAGGCCAUUCUCGUACAUAAAUAGUCGGGUAAGGAUAUACGAUGCUGUGCCGAAAGGCGGAUUUGCGGAGUCCGGGACUCCCACGGCGACAACCAAUCCAGUGGUACAAGAUUCUGCAACAACAUCCUCUUCAGCAUCGAUGUCAACUUCUAUCAUGAAUCAUUCUGUAGACGCUGCUCUCACAGCACCACAGAUAUCUCCACUCAAAUCCGAGGAAAUGCGCAUCAUAGGCGAGAGCCAACAGCAGUGGGCAGCAUUCCGACGGAAGUACAACCUCUUCAGCAACCGCCCAAUACGGUCAAUUCCACCCUCCCCGAGCGAAACAAAACUCCUUCAAUCCGGCCAGAAACCGAUCUCCGAAACUACUGCGCUGACCGAGGCCAAAGUUCCCGAGGUCGCUAUCGAAGCUGGAAUGACACAAUUCGCAUACAUCGAUGAGCCUCUUCUAAGCUGGGACUUCACUCUACGAUCGGCGGAGGUGGCAACAAUCGGCAGCGUCAAUCGCAAUUUCUCGGGUUUUGCGCGGGAGAUCUUCACCGACACAGGUGUGUACGUACUUCGAAUGGACAGCGCUGUAGAUCAACAUCAAGCAACAAAUAGCGGCGAGCGCGUCGUGCCAAUGUCAUUAGAUGCACGAGCCGUCAUGCUCGCCACGGCGAUCUCCAUCGAUUUCGAUUACUUCUCCAAAAGCUCCAAUGGAAUCAUGGAGGCGCCAAUCUUCUUCCCAUGGCCCAUGGGAGGCGGAGGUGGCAGUUCUUCGGAACCUGGGGUUGGCGCUGCAGGUGCUGCAGGUGCAGCUGGAGCCAUGGGUAGCGGCGCGGCGCAGGGCAUGUAUGGUGAUGACGGCUCCGGGCGGCAGAGCUUGGAUGGGGAUGAAGGUGAAUGGACUUGGGACGAUUCCCGUGAGCCCUCAGAUCCUCAAAGUGAAGGUAAAGGGAGCGAUGGCAGUAGCGGUGAUUCUGGUGACAAUGGAGACGGUGGGGAAGGCUCGGGGGCAGAGGAAUCCAUUCUCGACGCCAUAUUUGGAAAUUAGGGAAUCGGGUUUUCGUCGCGGGGCGAUGAUGGCAACCCCCUAUCUACGUCGUUCCUUCUUCGGCAGUUCCGGAACUGUGUGCAGGCGCAUGUACGAUUGAUGUUGUUUAGAUUUGAAGCAAAAUAGACAAGAUAGAUGUCCUGACUGGGACGCAGGCUUUGGUCGGAAAUGGGUUGUGCAUACCAACCUCUACAUGAUCCGUGCUGCUGCGCAUCGUGUCGGUGCCCGGUAUUCCAAAUCACGCACAUUAUCGUUGCCACUGCUACCAGCACAACCCUUUGCGAAUGCUUAAGAUUGUGAUGAUAGAUCACUUCGAAAUGCAGUCAGACU